GCGGACAGCAGCGACAACAAAAAAGUCAGUUGACAAACGGCUCCGCAGCCCGGCAGAUAGUAACGGAAGAAUGGACGAUGUGAAAACUGGCCCGAACCGGGACUGAGCCUCCUGCCCGGGUAUCCUCAGGCUACAUGUCACCCUCCUCUCCGUGCCAGAUGCCUCUGCGGGGCGACGGGGGCUACAAGCCGGCACCGGUGUCCCCUGCUCCGCCUGUCCCACCGAGGAGGGUCAGGGGCCGGCAGGACGCGGCGGUCCGGGCAGGGUCAGCGGGAGCCGGAGCAGCGGAGAAGCGGGUGAAGUGUGUGCUGGUUGGAGACGGAGCUGUGGGGAAAACCAGCCUGGUGGUCAGCUACACCACCAACGGGUAUCCCACCGAGUACGUCCCCACCGCGUUUGACAACUUCUCAGCGGUGGUAUCGGUGGACGGGCAGCCAGUCAAACUACAACUCUGUGACACAGCCGGACAGGAUGAGUUUGACAAGCUGCGGCCGCUGUGUUACACCAGUGCAGAUGUGUUCCUGCUGUGCUUCAGCGUCGUCAGUCCCGCCUCCUUCCAGAACAUUCCUGAAAAGUGGGUUCCAGAGAUCCGGAGACACGCACCCUUCGCUCCGCUCGUCCUCGUAGGAACACAGUGCGACCUCCGAGAAGAUGUCAAGGUUCUCAUUGACCUGGCUAAGUACCGGGAGCGACCUGUGGAUCCAGCAGACGCCCGGGACUGUGCGAUGGAGAUUGGAGCUGUGGCCUACAUGGAGUGCUCUUCCCUGACCCAAAAAAAUUUGAAAGAAGUGUUUGACACAGCCAUACUGGCUAGCCUGCAGAACUACAGCUCCCAUAAGCGCACAAGAGGGAAACAGAAACGGCGCAAAAAGCAAAGGCAGACACCGGACAAGAUGAAGAGUCUGUCCAAGUCAUGGUGGAAAAGGUACUGCUGCGUGGCCUAGAGCAGACCUGCUGCGGUGAGUCUGUGUCUGAGACUCUGAUGUUGACUUUUUCCUGGUCUGGAUUCAGCAGGUUUGGGUUCUCCCCAGACUCGCUUUCAGUUUGGGUUUUUCUCUAAUGGAGGCUGAUGUUGAGCAGGACCUCGACUGGACUCUGGCUGGGAACCAAAGUAAGACUGACACAGAUUUAAAUGGUUUUCUUUUUUUUUUUUUAUUCAAAGAGGGGUUUGAAGUCUCAUCAUGGAUGAGUUUUAAUACUGAACUCUAACAAAACCUGCUCUGAAUAUACUGCAGUGUCCCUUUUUCUAACCUGCUUUUAAUCUUAGCCUGCCUCCAGUAGGAGCCAUCUGCAAGAGAAGGUACUCCUGCCUCUACUGGAGUUAAACUGGUAUGAACUGGGACUAGGAGAAGACGCUCUCUAUGCCAUGGUGGAUGUGACAAUUUUGCUCAUGAUUAGACAUCUCCAGAUUUAAACAAGAACAGUGUCGUCUGUGUUAAACACAUAAAAUAUAACAUUUGUUUUGUCUGGUGUUGUCAUAAUUAACUUCCCAACAUAGUAUGGUUGUAAGUACGCUUGUUAUGUCGCCUGAAGCUGCAUCUAAACUUCCUUUGUCUGGCGUGUUUUCAACACUCAUGAUUAGAAAGAACUGCUGAAUCAUAUAGAGCUUACCUAAAAUCAAACUUUGUCCUUAUAUUUGUAAAAAAAGAAAAAGAAUAGAAGAAGCCAUUUUGGACUUUCUGACCUAGAAAGUUCACCUGACGUGAUUUGAAUCAAAACAUCAAAGAAAUUCUAGAGCUUCUUGUAUCAGUGUUGCUCUAAUGAAGGACUUUAUUAGCAGCUAUUAGUUUGACUCUGCUCACAUGCAGAGUUUACUGUAGUGCAUCUGAAACCUGCAUCAUGGUUUACUUAUAACUCUUCUCUUAUUUUUGGCUCCAUCUUAACUUUUUAUGAAGUUAUUUUGGUUUGUCAUGCGGUUUCCAUCAUGUCCUGCCACUGUCAGGCCCAGAAUGAAGCCAGAUAGUGGAAUUGUUUUGUGAGGUUCAGACAUAAGGCUUAUAUUCUGUCUUAUUUGCAGCAGGACUCAGGUAAAUGUCUUUUUUCCCAUGACGAUAAAAAGUUCAUCAUCCUCAUCUAUUCAUCAUUAGUACUGAAGGUCUCUGCUGUCUACGUUGUGGACUGUAGACCAGCUCACAAUUGACCUUAACCUGACAGGAGGACAUUUUGUAAUUUCCAUAUUUGUCACGUUGUUCCACAAGCCACAACUUUAGCCAAGUGACUUCUGUAGAGGCCUUUUUCACGUGCAACAAAAGAAUUCAGUCUAAAACAGAAAAUUCCAGGACUUGAAAUGUUCAUCCUGUGAACCAGUAACUUGCAUCCGCAGGCUGAAGGUAAAAGGCAGGCUAACACUAUACUAGUUUCAGAUAUUUGUCCUGCUUGGUGUCUGUUUGAUUUAUCUUUUGUACACUGAAACAGCCUUACUGUAAAUGUGAGCACUUAACAGAAUUAGAUCAACCAAGUGCUCUUUGCAUGUGUUUAAAUUUACAGAAUGGGCUCAGCUGUUUGUUUCUGUGGGUUUGCAGUGAGAAAACAACUCAGAACAAACAAAGAUGGGUUUUAUUUCUUAGCUUUUCAAUGCAUAUGUGUAUCUAAGACUGUGAAGUUUUAAUUAUGUGAAGUCAGUGAAUUCUUUUCUUAGUACGUAUAAACUGUAGUUUGUCAUGUCUAUUGCUCUGCAUUUGUUCCCUUUCCCCAAAAUAUGCUUUACUACAAUGGUAACCUUUGGUAAUUUCUACCCCUCUGCAUCCAUAAUACUUUAAUAAUACAGACAUUCACUGUCCGUCUUGUGGCUACUGUCUAUUAGUUCUGCAGCCUGUUCUCUUUACAAUAGAUUAAGUUGUUGUAAAGCAGAAAUAAAAAGAAACUGAGGCUGCCACACCUUCCAUUGUACAUUGUAGUUACUAAAACCAGACCAAAAUCCAAUAAUUUACAACCAUUUCUCUACAGUGCCUUCAUCUGAAUGGCUCUUUGUAUUGGAUUCACUGCAGCAGAGAGGAAAAAGGGUGCAACCAGGUUGUAAUGGACUUAAGAAAGAUCUGCUGUUAUUUAGUGUGCAACAAAACAAUUGAUGUUGAUCAUACAUAAACACAAAAAAAUAAUUUCCAUGCUUGCAUGUCACUUUAACUGUGACCUAACCCCCUGUUUAGAAUCCAGGUACAAACAAAACCUUUGUCUGACCAGUAACCCAGAGGCUAUAAGACGAGGUUAAAGGUUCAGGGUGAACAGUGUUCACUAAUGAAUUUUUCCCUCUCACAACAGUGUUUCAUAUGACAACUAAUAUUCUGCUACUUUUGUUCUUAUUUCUGCAAGUUAUUAUAAUCCUGUGUUUCUUAUGGUAUUCCUGGCAAAGUAAAACAAAACAAAAAACAAAAACAAUCCUGCCUUGGAGGUUUUUUCAUGAUUUCUGGGCUAAAAGUUGUGUUGUUGUUUGAGUUUGAAAUAGCUGUUAGUUUAGCGAUAGGAAAGCUGUAAACUCUGGGCUAAAAGGCGUCUGAGCCCAGGAUUAAGUUUAGAGUUAAAACCCUGCUAAUUGUGCAGAAGUGAAGCUGACGAGCAUCACAUUUGUCUGGUGUGAAAUGGAGUGAGCUGCGGUGUGCCUCAAAAUUCAAUCAACAAUAAUUUCUGUUAAAUGUUGUGUGGAGAAAAGGUGUUUGUUAAAAGUUAAACAAAAAUGUUUUUUGUAAAGUUAAUGCAUUUGCUGCCACAACAUGGACAAUCAUGGUGGAGGAUUACAAUUCUGUGUAAUACUUUCACCUAAUUAGUUAACCACUCUCUUUUAAACAUUUCUGUUAUGCACGAUUAAAUGUCCUACCCAACUACAGCUUAAUCUUUACACCAAAAUUUGGUGUCUUUCAGACUUUUCUGCAAAAAUGCACUUGUAACCCAAACUGACCUGCAGAUUUUUCUACAAUCUGGCAGCAAGUUGUGUAGUAAUACAUGUAUGCACACAAUGAGAGAAUUUAAUAGAAAUCAUGUUUCAACUCGAAAUGUUGAUUUUAGUGUAAAACUGAGCCUCGAUUUGAAGACAGUGCGUUACUGGAGCAGUUGGGUAGUUUUCUGCUGAAGAUGUGACGGGGACUGAAUGGUCUCACUGUGUGGAUGUUUUACUCAUGAUAGCAAAUGCAUUGUUUCUUGCUUGAGGGGGAAAAAAGGCAUAAUAAGUUGCUUGUCUUGCUGUUUGUGUGCAGUCUUAGCUGAUGGUGGAUUUAAGUAGGGUAAAGGUCACAUGGACCCUGAUGAUAGCUUAUGUUUCCUCUGUCAGGUCUGAUCAGUUUUGCCUGCUUACAUAAUUCACAGGGAGCACAGUAAAGUUUUUUAUCACAGUGUUUGUUUGCAUGCAGCAUGUGGCUGCUUUUAUACUGCGAAUAACUGUUAGAUUAUUCCUGUUUCAAUAUGUUAAAACAGCAUGAGUGAGGAAAACAAUAUCGUACAUGUGUCUGACAAGGGCCCGAGGAUGACUCCUUCUUUGUUUUGGUUCUCCUCUCUUUAUCCAGCCUGUAAUAACCUCUAAGCUUAUGGUAUAAUCCUUUAAAGGAACACAAAAUGAGCAUUUAUAAAUCAAUUAGUCAUGCUGUGUCGCCUUGAAUUUGUGAAGAAAACUUUUUUUUGCAUGCCUCCACAGAACAAAUUGCAAACAUUCUAAUUUAUUGAUUAAGGACCACAUUUAACAACAGCAAAAAAAUAUCAAAACAUCCACUGACAAACGCUCACAAAACUUGAGCAGUAUAAUCCAAGUUUCCUUUAUCCAUGCGUAUGCUCAGUACUUCUCAAACACAUGUAUUUUCACUAGAAAACCUUGGUUAAAAUGAGUUGUGUGAGAGUUUGUAAAGAAAUGUUUUAACACAGUUUUGCUGUUUUGUUCCCUAAUUUAUCAAUAAAUCAAUACGUUUGCAGUUUCCUGAGAUAUUUGAAAAAGUUUUCUUCACAAAUUCCAAUAUAACCUCAUACAACGGUUUGCAUGAUAUCCUACAAAAAUGCAAUCACAACAGUUGAUAUGAUAACGUGAAGAUAUGGAGGUUAGGUUUGGGCCAGAAAGGUUGCUGUGAUCAUCAUCUAAGACCUUACGGGAGAGCCUCCUUCUUUACUACCGUCAACACUGGUCACAUGAUCACAGUCUUCCAAAAUACGCUGGUAAUACACAAAGUGGCGGCUCUUGAUUACAUGGGAUAUGUAUGAAUUUUGGCGCAGUACUCUUUGCAGGACAAUGUACUAACAUUGCACGAGAACAACCUGCAAAUUCACACUGAUUUGAUAUAGUGGCCACUUUGUGCUUGACGUAUUUCUUUAAAGCGAGUCCAUUGGCCACAUGCGAACAGAGUUUAAAAGUAAUGCGAGUACAGAAGAGUCAGAAAUUUUUAAACUGAAUUUAGCAAAAGCUAUUGCAGACUACAUAAGGCUGUAGUAGUAAAACUCUUAAGUAUGUUGAAUAAAUAUGCUGCACUUCUUCGCUUUUCAAUUUAAAAUUUUCUGUUUAAGACUAAGAUUGUGUCUUUUCUUUUUUCACAAGUUAUAUAUUCUGACUUUAAUGUUUUAACUGCUUCCCAGGAGCCAGAAUAGGCUGUUGAUCCACAGCAGUGUGAGUCCUGUAUGACAGAUGGACGGCUUUGUAAUGUUGAACAGAUGGGUUUCUGAAAGUGAACUAUUGUGUUUAAAGACAGUCAAGAAGAGACGUGAUGGUGACCGUCUAUGAGACGGACAAAGAAAUGUGCUGCAAAGUUGUUUUGUUGAGGGUCGGACAGAAAUGUUAAUGCUCUGUGUUCGGGACAGGUGCAAAGUCUGGAUGUGGAUUGGGAAAUAUGAACAUGAAAUAGUUUCUGCGUGUGAGAGGCCUCGGAUUACUGUAAGCAAAUCAGUUUUUGUAGACUUUUAUUCCCACACAUUCCUAAUUGUUGAUUGCACAAGAAUAUCCUGUAAAGCCCAGUGAGUUAAAACAAAAGCAGACAGCCUGGGGAAACAGACAGAACGGUUCAUUCUUGAGAUUUCAUUGUUUUAUUGAGCUUGAUACCCCCUGAAGCACACCUGAGCUCACUCACAUGGCGCACCAGCUGAGAGCUUCUUUGAGGAAACCACCCCACUCGGCCUGUGUGAAACAUCAUUUUUCCUGCAUGUAAAAACAUUGUAACAGCUGCUGCCAUCUGCUCACACUGAACCUCUGUUUAAUCGAGGACGUCAGUCAAAGGAAGAAGUGUUUGUACAGAAGUUUUAUACGCUGAGAAAUAAAGAAUAUUGUGUAUGAUA